AACAAGCAAGCAAGAUCUUCACCACAACACAACCUCAGCCAGUUCUAGAUUUCCUUUCUGAACAACAAGAUGGCCGAGUACUUGGAUGCCAACAUCAGCGGCGAGGAGCUCCUGGAAGCACAGGCUCACGUCUGGAGCUACUCCUUCAGCUACAUCGUCUCCAUGGCCCUCAAAUGCGCCGUCGAGCUGGGAGUCCCCGACGCCAUCCACCGCCACAGCGCCCCCGCCUCCUCCUUGCCCGCGCUCGUCUCCUCCCUCCAGCUCGACCCUUCCAAAACCGAGCCCCUCCGCCGCCUCAUGCGCCUCCUCGUCCACGCCGGCUUCUUCACCGCCACCACUGACGACGCCGAAGUGCACUACUCCCUCACCACCGCCACGAAGCUGCUCCUCCGCGGCCAGGGCGGUCCGGCGUCGGCGUUCCUGCUGCUCCAGCUGGACCCCAAGACCAUCACGUCGUGGGGGGCGCUGAGCGCGUGGUUCCAGUUCAGCAGCAACCCGGUGCCCUACGAGGCCGGACACGGCGGCGUGUCGUUCUGGGAGUGCAUGGAGAAGGACCCGAGGCAGAAGAAGGCGUUUUAUGACGCCAUGGUCGGGGACUCAAAACUGGUCGCCGGUGUGUUGGUGUCGGAGUGUGGAGAGGUGCUGGAAGGAGUGGAGUCGCUGGUGGACGUCGGCGGCGGGACGGGAGCUAUGGCGGUGGCGAUUGCCAAGGCUUUCCCGAAAGUGAAGUGCACCGUGUUUGAUCUUCCUCACGUGGUUGCGAACUUGAAGGAGGGCCGCGGGGAUGAUGUUGUGAAGGGUCUGGAGAAUUUGGAAGUUGCUGGUGGGAGCAUGUUUGAGAAAAUUCCACAUGCGGAUGCAAUCCUACUCAAGUGGAUUCUUCAUAACUGGAAUGACGAGAAAUGCGUAGACAUACUAAAAUGCUGCCUGGAGGCGGUCUCCGGCGACGGGGAAAAGAAGGGCAAGGUGAUAAUUAUAGAUAUGGUGGUCGGAAACAAGGCAGCUGUCGAAAAGCAGGAGUUGUACGGAGUGCAGCUUUGCUUCGAUUUACUGAUGCUGGCUUCUUACAACGGCAAAGAGCGAGACGAAAAGGAGUGGGAGACUCUCUUCAAGGUCGCUGGCUUCAGCGGCUACAAAAUAGUUGGUUCAUUGGGCCCGAGAUCGAUUAUUGAAGCUUAUCCUUGAUUUGCUGUCCCUCUGGUGGUCAAUAAUAUGUGAUUUGUGCAUUCAUUGCGUUUGU